AUGGUUAUAAGUGAGUUUCCAAAGCUUCAAAAUGAGAUGGAAUCUUUCCAGGAAAAACUCCGACUUUCUUUGGAGAAACAUAAGCUCACUUUAAUGGAAAUCAUAGAAACAUAUAAAGAAGACGUUGACGGCCUGCAGGUACGGCAACAAAAGUCUCAAGCAAGACUGAAUCAACUAGUGGAAGAUGAAAGGCUGUUAAGGAAUGAAAUUGAAAGUUCUGAACGAGAAAAAGAUGAAAGUGCUACUAGGGUAGAGGUCUUCAGGCUUAGAAAGCAACAACUAGAUGGCGAAAGAGCAGCUUUGACGAACGAAUCAGCCCAAUUGCAACAUAUGUUGUCCCAGAAACAUGACGAAAUACGGCACAAGAGACAGCAACUUCAGCAUCAACAACAGCGAGACAUCGCAGAGGCAAAUGCUUACAGUCAGGUGCUCGGUCUCGACAUCGAGGCGCCCGCACCACAGGUUUUGCAAUUCAUCUUUCGCAGAGUCUUGGAAUCCGAUUCUAAUGCUGCGUGUGAAUUCAGUCUCGAUUUAUCCCAGGAACGAUACAAUAUUAUAGGUUCCAGGCCCGAGCUCCCGCAACAAGUUCUUUCCGACCUCGAAGUGAAGCUCAAUGACACCGGGAACCUAGGAAUGCUCCUAAAGGCAAGUAGGGCAGCUUUGAUUCGAGCUCUUGAAAGCGGGUCGUAG